CUCUGCGGCACAGUCUGCACGAUAAGAAACGAGCUGACGGUUACAGAAGGAGAAACAGAUAAUGUGCUGAGAGGGUCGUUCUCACGCACUCGCACGCAAGCUGGCCAGACGCCGAGAGCCAAAGGACACAAAGUUCAGGACACAAAACAAAUGUCUUGGUGCCACUUAGGUGACAUUUUUUCGACAUUUUUUUGUUUGCAGUCUUUCUUGCUUUUCCAUAAGUGCAUCAUAAUGUGAAUGAUGUUGAAAAGUGAAGUUUGUCAAUACGAUGUCUGUAAAUACACGUCACAUGUGGAUUCGGUGUAACUCGUAAAGGACACGUUAUUGAGCUCACACUGAGAUGGGGACCUCACACUGUCAGGGUUCCGGGUGCGAAUGCUCACCCCUCGCCCCGUGUGUGUGCAGUUUGAUUGCUCUCUCUCUCUGAUUAUGCUUGUUUUCUUUGGAUAUCCUGGGUUUCUGCACUUACAUAAAUAUGUAAAAUAUAUCAUGUAUGAAAUACAUGUAAAAUCCAUCCAUCCAUCCAUUUUCCAAACCGCUUAUCCUACUGGGUCGCGGGGGGUCCGGAGCCUAUCCCGGAAGCAAUGGGCACGAGGCAGGGAACAACCCAGGAUGGGGGGCCAACCCAUCGCAGGGCACACUCCUAUGGGCAAUUUAGCAAGUCCAAUUAGCCUCAGCAUGUUUUUGGACUGUGGGGGGAAACCGGAGAACCCGGAGGAAACCCCACAACGACAUGGGGAGAACAUGCAAACUCCACACACAUGUGACCCAGGCGGAGACUCAAACCUGGGACCCAGAGGUGUGAGGCAACAGUGCUAACCACUGCACCACCAUGCCACCCCCUACAUGUAAAAUAUGUAUAUAUAAUAUAUAAAAUACAGGUAAAAUAACCAUAUAUAAGAGUCCCAUUUAAACAUCUUGUUGGGUACAUUAGUGUCUCUGAAUUGUCUAUAGUCUGUGUGCUGUGACUGACUGCCAUCCAGUCCCAGGUGUACUCCAGCUCUGUGAUGGCCAGCGUGUACCCCAGCCCUGUGAUGGACUGGCAUCCCCUUUAGGGUGCCCUGCAUUUUGAUUUCCUGCUAUCAUGUUCCUGCGUUGGUUCGUAUCUGGAUGUGCACAGCAUGUGGUUUGCACAGCAGUCGGAGCACACGGGGGCUGUUUUUAUAGCCCUGAGAAAAAGAAAAUGCCUAAUUGCAGUAUGAACAACAGAGGCGGAAAAACUCUGCUUUGGGUAAAAUGUAAAUAAUGAAAUAUAAUCGUUGAGAAGAUUAUGGUAAGCAUUUAGACAGUUAUGAUUUUCAUUUUCUGUCACUCGCGGAAAUUGAGUAGAAUAUCUGACGGCAUGUAAAUGUAAAAAACACACACGCGUCUUCCAGGUGUUCUUAUAUUUGCUUAAUAACGUCUGCAGCCCUUGGGCGGCGCGCACAGAGUUAAGGCCAGCCCGGGUUUGACAGCUGCCGGGCGAUGCGCAUGCGCGGCGGGGGGAGCCGGAGCAGCCCGCAGCCAAGCAAAGCCGCACGGUGUUGUCAGUACGCAAGCGGCUGCGGCUCCAUCCCAGCUGCCCGACGAGCGGACCCUGAAUGGCACUGGUUACAGUACAGCGCUCGCCCACCCCCAGCGCUACUUCCAGCCCCGCCGUCUCGGAGGUUGACAGCGGCGAGGAGGACCGCCGAUCCCAGCCCCGGAGCAUCAGUGAGAGCUUCCUGACCGUCAAGGGUGCGGCCCUCUUCCUGCCCCGUGGAAAUGGCUCCUCCCCUUCCUCUGUGUCACGCAUCACCCAGCGUUGGAACAAACACGCAGGUGACCUCCAGCAGCACCUGCAAACCAUGUUCACUCUGCUUCGUCCAGAGGACAGCAUCCGCCUGGCGGUGCGGCUGGAGAGCUCCCACCCCCAGUGGACGCGCUACAUGGUGGUGGUGUCCACCAAUGGCCGCCAGGACACUGAGGAGAGCGUGGUGCUGGGGAUAGACUUCAGGUCCAGUGACAGUUUGUGUACUAUUGGCUUGGUGCUGCCCCUGUGGAGUGACACGCUAAUUCACCUGGAUGGAGACGGGGGUUUCACUGUGUCCUCUGUCAACAGAGUCCACAUCUUCAAGCCUGUAUCAGUGCAGGCCAUGUGGUCCGCGCUGCAGUCCCUCCACAAGGCCUGCGAGGUGGCUCGCUGCAACAACUACUACCCGGGCAGCCUGUUCCUCACCUGGCUCAGCUACUACCAGAGUCGCGUGGCCUCGGAGCAGGUCUGCAUCAACGAGUGGAACGCCAUGCAGGACCUGCAGUCGCACCGUGCCGACUCGCCCGUGCUCUUCACCGACGUGCCAACAGAACGUGAACGUACUGAGAGGCUCAUCAAGAUGAGGCUGAGGGAGAUCAUGAUGCAGAAAGACCUGGAGAAUGUCACCUCCAAGGAGAUCCGCACUGAACUGGAGAUACAGAUGGUCUGUAACCUGCGUGAAUUUAAGGAGUUCAUCGACAAUGAGAUGAUCGUCAUCCUGGGCCAGAUGGACAGCCCCACGGAGAUCUUUGACCAUGUUUACCUGGGCUCCGAGUGGAACGCUUCCAAUCUCGAGGAGCUUCAGAACAGUGGGGUGAGGUACAUCCUGAACGUGACUCGGGAGAUCGAUAACUUCUUCCCCGGCCUCUUCGAGUACCACAACAUCCGCGUGUACGAUGAGGAGGCCACCAACCUGCUGGAAUACUGGAAUGACACCUACAAGUUCAUCUCCAAGGCCAAGAAAGCGGGGGCCAAGUGCCUGGUGCACUGUAAGAUGGGCGUCAGCCGCUCGGUCUCCACGGUGAUCGCCUACGCCAUGAAGGAGCACGGCUGGGACCUGGAGCGCGCCUUCCAUCACGUCAAGGAGCGCCGCGCCGUGGCUAAGCCCAACCCCUCCUUCAUGCGGCAGCUGGAGGAGUACCAGGGCAUUCUGCUGGCCAGCAAACAGCGGCACAACCAGCUGUGGCGUUCCCACUCGGACAGCGACGUCUCGGCGACUCCACAGCGACCCCGCAGGUUGCUCAGCAACAACACCAACAACAACGCUGUGCCCUCGCUGCGGCACUUUCUGGGCAUGGCCGUGCUGAAGGCGCUAGCCGGGGAGGCCGCGGAGGCCGUGGCCCUGGCAGGCGAGAGCGAGCCCCCUGUCACAGGCAGCUCAUCAGGGGCGCCAGCAAGCUCGUCUGAGUCUAACAGCCCCGGCGGUUCUGUGGAGACGCCAUCCUCUCCGUCGCUGGCGUGGCAGAAAGACCCCCUAUGGCUUCCUCCGGCAAGUCCACAGGCAGCCAACAUAGCACCUGAAGACGGGACAGGCGGCUCAUCUCCGACACCCAACCCAGUGCUGCCUCUGUCUGUUCCUGCUGUCGAGCCAAAACUGGAAACCUCAGAACUGCAAAUGGCGGCUGUCAGCCGGUCGCAGCCGUCCACCUAUGUGCCUGAACAAAACUCAGAACCUCUUCCUGCAUUUGAGCCCGAGCCUGCAGUUUCCGAAACCUCAGCCAUAAGACCCAGCGAGUUGGCCAUACCACGAUCUAAGGGCGAGCAGAAUGGCAGCCCAUCAUCUGCUGGGACGCCCAUGGCAGUCAGCCCUCUUGGCUCGUCAGGGGGCAGUCUGCUCUUGGGUCCUCAGAUCAGUGAUGACAAUAACAACCCCAGUGACACAGGUCUCACCAAUGUCCCGGGGUCCUCCCACCUCAGCACAGAUAGCAUCGAUUUCUUUAGUGCCCGGGAAAAGUUUCUUAGCCUGUCUCAGGAUUCUCAGGCCUGCCUGCUAGCCGAACAGGCAUCUCCCCGGACGGCCCACGCUAAAAGCCCCAGCCAGGACAUGCAGCCUCUGCUGGAAGACCUCAAUGGCAUGCCAGGCCCCGAGAAGCAAGGCACGCCUGAAGACGACAGGGAAUUUGCUUCUGAGAUUAGUUCUGCCCCCUCAAGACCUAAGAAGGAGGAUGGCGUCUCUGUUCGCCACAUUGUCACUGAACUGGAGUCCGUGUCAUACACUGUGUCCCCUGUCAGCCAGCUGGGGCCCCGGGGCCCCCCUCAAGGGGAGGAGCCAGAAGUGUCAGGGUGCCAAUCACCUUCCUCCCAUCCAGAUUCCCCCUCCCUGCAGCCUCCUGAUUGGCUGUCGGGAUCAGUGCGCCGUGCCACCAAACAACUUGAGCAGAAACUGAAGCAGGAGCUGCAUCCUUCUGGGCCAUGCCUGCCCACCUCCCCCACAGCAAUGGGGGGUGGCUCUGUCCCUGUCCCACAGGAGAAGGGGUGCGAAAAUGGCGCAUCUGUAUGUCAGCGUGCGGGAAUCUCUGACCUAUAUGCCUCCCAUCAGCCGAAUGUCACCGCAGAUGGCCUGCUAGGCUCAGAGCCGCUUCAGCUGACAGUGCGCUUGGCAGGUGCGACGGAGCAGGAGACCAACGCGGACGGCGAAUUGGAGGAGACGCCCUGGCAGGGAGACCGGCUGACGUGCAGCAUACAGGACCUGAAGAAGAUCCAGGAGACACUGCGGGAGCUGCAGGCCUUCCUGCAUGAGGCUGGAGGGUCAGGGGGCGUGGCUAAAGCCAGACCAGAAGUGCCUGACGGAGGGGAGGCGGAGCCUUGCACAGACACCAUCCAACAGAGAGCGGUGGAGCUGGAGGCUCGGAUCCGGCAGGCAGGCCUGACCCCCCCCUCCCUGAUGAAGCGCUCCGCCUCUCUGGCCAAACUGGAUCGUCUGGAACUCUCCACCAAUGACUUGAGCGACUGGGACCUCUGCUCUCCUCCAGCCCCUCCCAGCCCUUCACAGCCCCAACUGGCUCCUGCACUGCAUCCCUGUCUCCACCCCACCCCGGACGAUGCCUCCAAGAAGCAAUGCGUCCUGCCGCUGUGGCCCCCUGAGCCCAACUCCAACCCAGUGGUCUCUCUCAGGACUGAAGGUUCCCAGAACCCUGACCCUGAUCCUGACAGCCCUUAUUCGCCCCCCAACAGAGAAAGGGAUGGGGCACAGGAUGCGUGCGUGGCAGUGCGGCUGCCACAUGGCAGGACCCACCCCCUGUGGCGACCCAGGAGGGCCAUCGACAAAAAGCGAGCCGCGGUGUUUGUGUACAACACCAUGUGACCCAUGUCAUGUGACCCACCUCAUGGCUCUAGUAAUAGUGAAAGUGUAUGGCCCGCAUUCUGGAACGCAUAAGACAAUCGUUCCCUGGGUGGGGGGCGGGGUGGGGGGAGUUUGCUGUGGGUCGGAGAGAUGUGUGUUGUGUGUUUUAGUCUGCAUGUGUGAGAUGCCAGUAGGUCUGCACUGUGGCAGUUACAAAAGAGAAAAUCAGAAAUGGGCGUGGUUUCUCAAAAUGUGCACUUUACUCUGUGUUUUAUGUGUUUUUUUUACAUGGGGGAUUUUUAAUACAGUCAGGGAUGGCUUGUGUGUCUUAUGUAUGUAAUGUACAGAAAUGUCAGGUGUUCCGAUUUUUAUUUUUAAAGCCUUUUCUUUUUUUAUUGUGCUUACACUGUGACUAUUAAAGAUAUAAAAUUAAAGAAA